AUGGGGAAAAUUGCAUCGAUCGAGUAUUUUCGCGUCCCACCUCGGUGGCUGUUCGUCAAAAUCACAGACGAUACUGGUGCCUUUGGAUGGGGUGAGGCUUCUCUCGAAGGUCACACCAACGCGGUUGAAGGUUGCCUUGAUGCCUGGUCUGAGAGAUACACUGGUCUCGACGCUGACGAUAUUGAAAACAUCUGGCAACUGUCCUGGCGCGGAGGAUUUUACCGCGGAGGCCCGGUGUUUAUGAGCGCCUUGUCUGGCAUUGACAUUGCACUCUGGGACUUGAAAGCAAGAAAGUUGAAUGUACCGAUAUACCAGUUACUGGGCGGCAAGGUCAGGAACAAGAUUCGCGUGUACGCCUGGAUUGGUGGUGACAGACCAAAUGAUGUAGAGGCUCAAGCUCAAGCCCGUAAGGACCAAGGAUUUCUCGCCGUCAAAAUGAAUGGCACGGCAGACACGGCGUGGCUGGACUCGCCUUCAGUAUUGAAAGAGGUCGUUGCUAGGGUCCAGGCAGUCAAGGAACUCGGAUUGGAUGCUGCGGUUGAUUUCCAUGGCCGUGUCCAUAAACCGAUGGCUAAACGUCUUGCCAAAGCUCUAGAACCAUACGAGCCGCUGUUCAUCGAAGAACCCCUGCUCUCAGAGAAUAUCACUGGUAUAAAGCAGCUGUCUGAACUAACAGCUAUCCCAAUUGCUCUGGGGGAGCGACUCUACAGUCGAUGGGACGUCAGACCCUUCCUCGAGAAUGGUUCAGUAGAUGUUUUACAGCCAGAUAUAUGCCACGUUGGAGGAAUCUCAGAGAUGGGCCGUAUUGGAGCCGCAGCAGAGACAUACGACGUUGGCCUUGCCCCUCAUUGUCCCUUGGGGCCAAUCGCUCUGGCAGCAAACAUACAGGUAGAUACUGCGCUCCCCAACUUUGCUAUCCAGGAAAUGGGAAUCGGUAUGCACUAUAAUAAUGGGGGGCAGGAUAUUACUACUUAUAUCGCAAAUCCCAAUGUUUGGGAUGUACAAGAUGGUCAUAUCGACAUCUUGACUGGUCCAGGACUAGGCAUCGAGAUCAAUGAGGAGGAAGUCAGGCGACUAUCCAAAGAUGCAAAGAGUUGGCCUGUGCCUGAGUUUAGAGGACCUUGUGGGGAGCUUCGUGAGUGGUGA